CGUAAAGGAUACACAGCUUUGUUGACAUAAGCAAAGUAUGGACAAUCUCGCGUUGCUGUUUAUUUGUUGAAUACGGCACAAGUUGAUAUAAAUGUACAAGCAAAGGAUAGCAGUACUAUUAUACACGUGUGUGCAACAAAAAACCAGUUGGCAGUUUUAGAAAAGAUGAUAGAAGAAAGUGGAAAGAAAAAAGAGCUCAUUGCUAUGGUGAAUAUUCCGGAUAAGAACAGAAACACUCCACUUCACAUUGCAGCAAUGAAAGGUUAUUUCACAUUUGCAAAGUUUCUCUUGGAGCAACUUGGUUCUGCAAAAAGCUCGAAAAAUAAAGAUUUCAGGACACCGUUCCACCUGGCUGUUAUCAACGGGCACGUGAAGAUUGUGAAAUAUCUUUUAGAUUUAGAUAACAGAUUAGUUUAUGACACUGAUAAAAAUGAAAACACAGCACUCCAUUUGGCGGCGUUGGAAGAGAGAGCCACUUGCGUUCGAAUACUGUUGCAAUCGGGGGCUAAUUUUUACGCCGAAAACAAAGACGAUUUAACGCCUCUAGAUUGCUGCGCGGCAAAUGACAGACAGAAAGGUGCCGAACUUCUGAUCGAAUCGGGAGCCAUGAUAAAAUCAGACGAAAAUCGGACUUGGAAGCCUUUACACAAAGCUUGUGAGAAGGACAAUGUUGAUAUGGUCAAGCUGUUACUUGACAAUGGCGCAGAUGUGGGAGAUUUGGAUGAGGAAAAUCUUUUUAAUGCAUUGGAUGUUGCUGCGGAGAACCAUAGCCAAGAUUGUGCAAUGUACAUCAUUGAAACAGAUGACUGGAAGAAAGCUCUGAAAGCCGCGAAACCGCGCAUUUCCGACAACAAAGAAAAUCGGCAAACACCAAUGCGCAGGCUUAUAAGAAAUCUACCAGAAGUUGCUGAAAAGGUUAUGGACAAAUGCAUUACCGAAGAAAAAUGGACAGAAAAUCUUAACGGCACGACAAAAGAGAUUCAUCAGCGGCAUCACAUGGUGAACGUUUUGGAAGACCUUGAUGAUACGGCAGAUUAUAGGCUUCAGAGGAAUGAGAUAAAAAAUCAUUGUCUGACGUUAAUAAUGAAAUCGAAUAGACGUGAACUUAUGUGCCAUCCGCUUGUGAAACGAAUAUUGAAGUACAAAUGGGAAGGAAAAAACUUCAGAAUUGUCUUCUGGCUGCUCUUUCUUCUAUACGCAUGUUUCAUGGCGUCGUUCAAUACUUUCAUUAUGACAACUCCACCGCCGUACGCAAUAAAUAUUACAGCUAAUGAUACUGGAAACACGUGUGUACAGAUGAUACCUGAAGCUCAAAGUAAAUGGGGUGAUUCUUGCGUUACAAAGCAUGAUCGAAUGGCAGUGGAAACUAGCGACAAUAGAUAUCUUUCUUUCUUGGAUAGUUUUGUUGUUGUUUCGUGGAAGCAAUACCAAAGUUCGAUCUUGGAAUUUAUGUCGUAA